AUGGUGAACCCCAAUGUCUGGGCCUCAGACACAGAAGCCAAUGGACCCGACACGAACCACCAGGCCCAGCAGAACAAACCCCCCCCCUUGGGCCCCGCCCCCCCCGGCGCCAAGGUGACGGACGCGGCCCCUCCCCCCCCCCAGGCCGCGCCCCUCCCCCCCCCGGCUCAGCUGCUGCUGGCGGGAACCCAGCUGGCGGGGGACGUGCAGCAGUUGGUGCAGCUGCCGCAGCUGCUGCUGGUGCCGGGGGCGCCGCCCCUGCAGCCCCCGCCCCAAUUCCUGCUGCCCCCCCCGGGCCAGGGGGGGCCGCACCCCGGGCUGUUGCCCCCCCCCAAUCUCUUUCAGCUACCUCAGCACAGCCCGGGGGGGCUCCUGCCCAACCCCCCCCGCGGGGGGCUGCACGCACAGCCCCUGGCCCGGCCGGGGGUCCCCGAGUCGCCGGGGGCGCCCCCCAAAGGCCCCGAGGCCCCCCCGGGCCCCCCCCCCGAGGAGCCGAGCGACCUCGAGGAGCUCGAGCAGUUCGCCCGCACCUUCAAACAGCGCCGCAUCAAGCUGGGCUUCACACAGGGCGACGUUGGCCUGGCCAUGGGGAAGCUCUACAGAUACACCAGACGGAUCAAUAAAUCCCCAUAACUCAGCUUCAAAAACAUGUGCAAGCUGAAACCGCUGCUGGAGACCUGGCUGAGGGACGCAGAGACGAUGUCGGACUCGGCCCUGCCCAGCCCCCCCCAGCUGGGCCCCUCCCUCUGGGUCGGGGUUCCCGGGCGGCCCACAAGAAGGCCAACCAGCAUCGAGACCAACGUGAGGUUCGCCCUGGAGAAAUCCUUCCUGGCGAACCAGAAGCCGACGUCGGAGGAGAUCCUGGGCAUGGCGGAGCAGCUGCACAUGGAGAAGGAGGUGAUCCGGGUCUGGUUCUGCAACCGCCGCCAGAAGGAGAAACGGAUCAACCCCAGCGGGGCGGCCCCGAAUCCGCCCAAUUUCACCCCAAACCUGCCCCAAAAUCUCCCGAAUCUGCCCCAAAAUGCCCCAAACCUGCCCCAAAAUGCCCCAAAUCUGCCCCAAAAUGCCCCAAAUCGGCCCCCGAGCGUCGGCGCCGUCAGCGGGAAGGGCGCGAGCUACGGAGCGCAGGGGGUGACCCCGCCCGGCCCCGCCCUCGGCAGCCUCGGCACCACAGUGACGUCACUGACCGCCCGCCCCGCCCCCCCGGAGGCCCCGCCCGGCUCCGCCCCCUCCCCCCUCGGCCUCGGCUCCGGGGGGGCGGUGCUGGGGGGGCUGCUGGGCCCCGCCCCCAUGGCGGCGAUCCAAGCCUUGGCCGGCGCUGGCCCCGCCCCCCCGGCCCCUCCCCUCGCGGCCCCGCCCCUCCAUUGA